GUGCAAACAUCAAUUAAUUUUCAAAAUUACCGUAGUUUCCCUUUAAUGAGCCAUGCAAAUGCUUUAAAUAUUUCAAAAUAAGCAUAAGGAUAUUGCAAUGCAAGGCAUGGAAAAUUAUAGAAUUUUUCCUCGUAAAGGCUUUUGUGUUUUAUUUUUCUCUAAUGUGUGUAGUUAUUCUGCUUGCAUUCACAUUCUUUUGACAGAAAUGCAACCCUGCUUUCAAGUUCAUAAUGAUCUAUUUACUAGUAUUGAUCAUGGAAAUGUUAAAUGUCUUUAAAACGUUCGCUGACAUUGCAGGUCUUGAAUGUACUCGCAUUUAACUGGUUGUGAUUGGUCCAUUGUGUGCAUCUUAUUUCCUGGAGUCAGCUCCGUAACCAGUUGUCAAUCACAACACCGGGCUGAAAGGUUUUGGUUUCAAAAUAAGAUGUUAAAAUAGGAGGAGGAUGACAUUUACAAGUGAAAAUUUAAUUACCAGUUACAUUUUGAGAGACCACUGGGGCCUGACAGUAGUAUCCUGUCGUCACAUUCAUCUCAAACACCCUGUGACUCGCUGUUACUGCGUCAAACAAUGUUUUGUAACAGUUCUUCAAUUUAAGACAAAAAAAAUCUCUUGAACCCCUUUACGAAGCUGUCAGGUUUUGGAGUUAUUAUAUUUUACCGUAUCCUUUUUUAUUUUUUCUCAUCAUCAUUCCUUGAAUAUUUUGCUUUAGAUUUUGUGUGUUGUUUUGUUUUUGUUGUAAGACAAAUUAGUUUAUUUUGAAAACCUAUACCGGAAAAGCAUUUGUUUAUACAGGCUAGCCGACGCUACCCACAGUAUUUACUCUCUCUCUCUGGUCUAAGAAAUGUAAGAACAAAUGUAUUUACAGGAAUGUGUCUCUGUAAGAAGACACUGUGUCACCAGAGACUGUUUCGUGAAGCUCUCCACGUUUUGUCGUCGUUGAAAAGCGUCGCAUGUUGAUCGUUUCCUUCAAAAAUACAGCUUCCUCUCCUUCCUGUGCUAAACUGCGGUGACAAGAGAUGCUACUGACUGUAACAGUGUCCUCUGAUAUCUUCUUCUCCACGACACGUCCAAAUGUGAUGCCUGCCUGAGGGGACAUAAUGGACAAUGGCAAACCGAGCCGUGUGAGUCGGCCCCAGCGGAUCAGUGAAUCGUCCAAGGUAUUCUGCUGCGUGGAUCAAUCCGUGGAGGUGUUGCAGGGCCUCAACGAGCAGCGGCAGCACAGUCAGUUCUGUGACGUGGUGCUGGUGGCUGACAACCAGCGGGUCCCUGCUCACCGAGCCCUGCUCGCUGUCUCCAGCCCAUACUUUCACGCUAUGUUCACCUUGGGCAUGAGGGAGGAACGCCAGGAGGAGGUGGAGCUGGUUGGGAUGUCCUACAUUGGUCUGAAUGCUGUAGUGGACUUCCUGUACAGCGGUGAGCUACCAUUGGAUGGAGGAAACAUUGACUAUGUGCUGGAAGCUGCCCACCUUCUGCAGGUGUGGCGAGUGGUGGAUUUCUGCUGUCAGUACUUGGAAAGGGAGGUGAGUGAGGACAACUACCUGUACCUGCAGGAGCUGGCUCUGCUUUACAGUCUGGAGCGACUCGACACCUUCAUCGACCACUUCAUCCUCACACACUUCGCUACGCUAUCUUUCACCCCCGAUUUCCUUCAUGAUAUUCCUUUACACAAACUCACGUCCUACCUCUCCAGUGGCCAGGUUCAGCAUGACAGUGAGCAGGCACUUCUCCAGGCCACCCUGCAGUGGCUCAGCCAGACUCCUGAGCGCACCGCUCAUGCCAGACAGCUCCUCUCCCACAUCCGCUUCCCUCUGAUGCCAGUGGGGGACCUCGUAGACCGAGUGCUGCCGGCUCUGCGAGCCCUGCUGCCAGAGGAGGCAGGCUGCGAGGCCCUCGUGGAGGAAGCUCUGGAGUACCACGCCAGGCCCAGCGCCCAGCCGCUCCUGCAAACUGGUCGCACCACUCUGAGGGGGGGUGUCGAGCAGCUAUUGCUGAUUGGAGGAGAGGUGUCAGAACGUGGAGAGGAGCUGAGUGCCAAUGUUUGCCGACUGGGCGGUGAAGCGGGAAGCUGGGAGGUGGAAACAGAGCUGCCGGCACAGCGGAGCCACCACUGCCUGGCGGUGCUGGGGGGUUUCAUAUUUGCUGCUGGCGGCAGCUCUUCCAGGGACAACGGUGGAGACGCUGCCUGUAACCUGCUGUACAGAUACGACCCCCGCCACAACCAGUGGAGCAGGGGUGCUCCAAUGAAUGAGCGGCGGGUGGAUUUUUACCUGGGGGCGGUGGGAGAGUGCCUGAUCGCCGUGGGUGGAAGGAAUGACACCGGAGCUUUGUCCUCUGUGGAGGUUUAUUGUCCCGCUGAGGAUUGCUGGUCCUAUGUGGCAGGACUGCCCAGGUUUACUUACGGCCAUGCUGGGACGGUCCACCGUGGUGUAGUCUACAUUUCGGGUGGUCACGACUAUCAGAUCGGCCCAUACCGCCGAGAUGUCUUGAGUUACGAUCCAUCACGGGACGAUGAAGUGUGGGUGGAACGCCAGUCCAUGUCUCUGGCCCGGGGCUGGCACUGCAUGGCCUCCCUCAACCACCUCAUCUACGCCAUCGGAGGCAGCGAUGACCAUGAAGACACCACAGAGCGCUUUGAUAUCCUGCAGGUAGAAUCUUAUGACCCACGCUGCGGCCAGUGGACCCAAGUGGCACAGCUGCUGAUGCCCAACAGCGAGGCGGGGCUCUCAGUCUGGGCAGGGAGGAUCUACGUGCUUGGGGGCUACAGCUGGGAGAGUAUGGCGUUCUCUAGAGCCACUCAGGUCUACGACCCUGACAAAGGCUCAUGGUCUAGAGGGCCUGACCUGCCAAAAUGCAUCGCAGGGGCCUCAGCGUGUGUUUGCACUGUGAAGCCCUCACUAUCAUCAGCCUCUCCAGAGAAGAAGAUGGACAAAGGGAUAAAAGGAAGAUUACGUCCCACGUAACAACAGCAAUGAACUUUAGCUUUGUCCAAAAAUACACGGCCUGACUUUUGGCUGAGACAGAGCCUGAUGCAUACUUCUGAUACUAAAUCUUUAAUAGACGAGAAAUAUUUUGUUAUGUCUACUACACGUGUAUCAGAAUAAAUUGCUCACAAGCUCAGGAGCACUGCAGCAUCACAAAGGGAGAGAAGUGGCAAUAAUUGAAAACACUGAAGUAACCAGACAGUGUUUAGUAAAGACCACCUGACUAAUGUAUGUUGACAAAAACUACAUUAUAUGAAGGACAGUCUGUGCACUGCAUUUGCCUUUACAGCUAAAUAUAGAUGUACUCUGAAGAAAGCAAUCAUUUUAUGUCUCUUGUACAGUUGAUACACAAUUAAGCUUUAGCAUUCAGGCGCCUCUCUGUAUUUUUAAAGCCAGGAAAUGAGGGCUUGUAGAAGCUGAAGGCUGGAUAAUGUCUUAAUAUGUGGUUUAAACUGCCAGAUGGGUGAAGGGUGAGAGUUGUACUCUCACAGUCUAAUCUGCACUUUGAACAUAUUUAUAUCCUGCAGAAAGAAAAGACACCCGGAAGGUCAACGUAAAACUUGGUGUACCUGUAGAUUCUUUGGCACGGUGCUAAUGUUUUUGGAGCUGUCCAUAAAUGAAAUGUAGGCUACAUAUAAUGAGAAUACAUGGCAUGAACAACUCUAUUAACACAGUUGACCAGCUGCUGACCAACAUACAUCUUGACAUAUUCUUUUGAAUAUUUCUUAUAGUUGACCCAUACAUUGUUACCUAUUAGAAAUCCGAUACAGCAGUAUCCCAGUUGUGUUUACAAGACUCAUAAGAUAUUGUUUUGUUCAAACCAACAGCCACUUAUCAUAAAAGAAGAUAGUGAUAUUUCUAAUUUUGGGAGCCAUGCCCCAGGUCCUCUCACCAACUGCUGUCAUAUAAUCAAAUGCUAAACCCCUCCCCCUUACACAGAUUGUCCAAUCAUAGCUUAGCAGCAUUAACCAGGCGCUAAUGCUGUCAUCAUGUGCUCUACGUGGACAGCAGUUAACAGUUACAACCUAAUACCAUAUUACAAAUUAUAUGUAAGGAAAUAUAUAAACAUAUAUAUGUAUGCAGUAUAUGCAGAAUUGAUUAAAAGUUUAUCAACAUCAA